UAUCACCAUAGAUUUUAAAUUAUUAUAAAAUCAAUGGUAUCACCAAAUAAAAUAAAAAAAUUAUCAAAGUAAUGCAUUAGUGCAAUCGUUUGGUAAUAUUUCUAUACUACGCGUCAUUGAGAGUUCGAUUCCAAGUGGCUAGUCGCUAUUUAUUAAUAUAAUUGCCGCAGUGACUAAUAGCGACACUGUUUUAUCGUCGACAAACGGUACCUAGCGUUUGUCUCAGGCGUGUGAGUGACGCUGUACAUUAUUCCUUCCGGUUUGCCGAACCAACCUAACCUUAUUCGUUUCGAAUAUUGUUGACGGCAUUUUCUUCGCGAAAUUACAUUUCACUGUCGCCCCGUUUUCCUCGUCACAGGCAUCACAUUGUUCUUCUGAUUAAUAAGUACCGUAUUAUAACACACAGAAAAAAUGGCAGAAAGCAAAGGAGAUGCUCCCGAAAAUAGAAUUACUAUUAAGGUUGAAUGCAGUAUUGUUGGUCAUUACGAUACUGUCGUCUACAUCUCUAUUAAAAAAACUUCAAAACUGCAAAAAUUAAUGAACGCCUACUGUGAGAGAACUACUUUUCUUAAAUCAGAGAAUAUGACUCACAGCCCAGUUCCUUGCCGGCGUUAUUUGUUUAAUUCAUCUCCUGAUGACAUUACUAUACCUGAUGUUGAUUAUAGUGAUGAAAUGGAAAGCCAACUCUGUGUAGAAAAUACUAAUGAAGAAGAUGAAGUAAAAAAAUUGCUGGAAAAGUGUCAAACAGAGAAUAUCAGGUUAAACAGCCAAAGUUGAAGAUUGAUACGUGACUACCGGAUAGCUCUAUCAAUCAAUAUUGAGGAUUUGAAAUCCUAGGAAUGAUUUUUAAUUAUAAUAAUCUAUAGCUACUGGUUAGCUUAGAAUUGAAUAUGUAAAUUAUAAUACCUGUGUAAUAUAUUAACACAAUUAGUUAAUUUAACUUCUGAAAUUGAUUAUUUAUAAAUAUUUUUUUAUAUGAGAGUUAUUUAGGGAUGUGUGUUCAAUAACCAUACGCGUGCGCAGACUUUGACCGCAGGGGGGGGC